UCAGAAAUGAAGGGGACAGACUUUUCCAGUCUGUUAAAGGACAUGAGACGGUCGUCCUUCAACAAGAAGAAGGGCGGGCGGUACGACGCAAAGAAAGUGGCGGUGCUGAUUGUUGACGGGAACCUGGAGCAGCCACUGAAGGCGCUGAGAGAGGCCCGACACGCCCGGGUGAGGGGGGUGGAGGUGUACGUGGCCCAGGUGGGCAAUGGGAUGCCACAGAAGGAGAUGAAGAUGAUGUGUGAUGCCCCCUCGCAGCAACACUUCUUCCAGGUGGAGAACUAUGAUGAGCUGAAGGGACUGCAGAACCAGCUGCUGGAUAUCCUCUGUGACGAAUUAUAGUGGCCGCAUUUGACCUGUCCACCAAGUCCGGAGCACAGGGACCAGCCAUGGCUAGAAUGGACAUUUAGCGCUCAGAUAUUCUAGGAAAUCCAAAGAGUGGAAAAUGAAAAAAAAACAGCUUCAAUGGAGAUUUCCAAAUUCCA